AUGAAGUCAUAUAUCACUGUAUUGACUGAGAAGGGAGGCAGCAUCACAACAGCAGUGAGGAGAGCAGGGAAUGAACUGAACAUGAACAAACUGACUGGCAGAAGGGACAACACCUCACUGCAAGGCACAGUGACUACCGCCACAGCUGCAAAAGAAGCAGGAGAAGAAGGAGAUAUGACAAUAAAAGCAGUGCUCUCACAGCUCAUUGACACUGUCACCUUCAACCUGACUUUCUUGAUAGUCACAGAGGCCGCCGCUGCACCACAAAGACAUUUAUUCACUAGAAAACAUCAGAAUAAGCCCUCUAUUAUUCUUUAA